GCACGACUUUGUUUUGUAUCGGAACCGUUUGUUUCCAUCACUCUCUCCUGUUUCUAGUUAAAUCUUUAUUCUGAAAUAAGCCUAUUAUUGGUUUGUUAUAAAUGCUCACCUGUGUGAGGCAGGAGCAGGGGUUUAAAGUAAAACGGGGGUACCCGGCUCCUUUGGGGGCACAGGAUUUCUGUGAGUAGCCAGUGUCGGGGGCUGGAUGUCACAGGGGAGCGCUUCUAAGGGACUCGGGGAUUGGGGUGCUCCUCUUGCUCACCUGCAAGGCAAAGAGAGGGCUGGCAGAGCCUGGAGGGGAGUGCUCGAGGGGCUGACGGGCCGGUGGCAUUAGGGAGAGGAGCCCAGCACAGAAUGGACUAGGGAGAAGUGAUUCCUAGCUGGUGGUCCUUUCCCCCACUGGGUGAGGAAGGCUCCCAAGGGCAGGCUAGAUUGUGGGUGCAGUAGGAAAGAGCGGAGAUCCUUUCCCUGGGCUUUGUUUAUCAGAGAACCCAGCUGACACCUCCUCCUCCCUUGUGGUGCAGCUGAUGCAGAGGUUGCUUUGACUCGCCUCUCCAAAUUUAGCAAGAGCCCCUGAACGAGAGACGCUUCCUGUCAAUGAACUCGCUUCAAGCACAGCCGCUGAAUCAUAACAUUAAAGAGAAUCCCCAGAGGCUGGGGCACUCUCGCCUUCUCUCAUCCUCUGGAAUCCGGGCUAAGGAGCAGCUGCCCAGGCCAGGCUCCCCCAUGCUGCGGCCAGACUGAGAGGGAAGCGAGCGAGCGGCGAUGAAGGGGGAGCGCCGAGCCAUGCUGCACUGGCGGGAGGCAGAUUUCCAGGAACGAUGCACCUACAUCGUGAAGGACCAGCCGUGCGAAAUGCUCACGCGCCCCGACUUCCCUCGCGCACAAGCCUCCUUACCCCGAAACUUGGCCUUCCGGCGCAACAGCAGCCACAAGGUGGUGGCGGUGCUGAGCCGAGAGUACAUCCCGGCGGGCACGUGCUUCGGGCCGCUGGUCGGGGAGGUCUACACCAAAGAGAACGUGCCAAAGAACGCAGACAGGAAGCACUUCUGGAGAAUUUACGCCCCAUGGGGCGAGCUUCACCAUUUCAUCGACGCCCAUGACCCACGCCGCAGUAACUGGAUGCGCUAUGUCAACCCCACCCCUGAUGCCCUGGCCCAGAACCUGGUGGCCUGCCAGAACGGCCUGGAGAUUUACUUCUACACCCUGAAGCCCAUCGUGACGGGUGCCGAGCUCCUCGUGUGGUACAGCCACGAGUUUGCUGAGAGCUUGCAGUGCCCGCUGCCGGGGGAGCUCGAGCAUGAUGGUCUCUGGAAAUCCACCGCAGAGGCCCCCGCCACGCCAGGGCCUCAGCCACCACAGGGGGGCUCUGCCGCCAACCCAAACCCCACAGCGAAGCACGCACAGAGCAAGGAGGCGGAAGAGGGCGAUGAAGAUGAGAGCGUUGACGUGGAAGCGCUGGACAGGGGCGUGCCACCGAGCCCAGCAGGAUGCCGACACGCGGUGCUGAGCGGGCAGCUCCCCCAGGAAGUCAAGCUGUGGCCCCUGGGGCGUAGCCCUUUCCCCAGUGCCCCUGGCAAGGAAGGGGCACCCGAGAAGCCCAGCCAAAGAGCCGCAAGCCCCAGGAACCAGGCAGUCCUUGGCUUCUGCCCGUACGGCCCAACUACCUCGCUGUGCAAGGAGCUGCAGUGCUGCCUUAGCAGCCUCUACCCCUCCUGCCCCCUGUAUCUGCCAACGGGCCACCUGCCCCAGCCGUAUCUUCACGCCUGUGGCACCAUCCCUGCCCACUCCCCCCGGUUUGUGCUGCCCCCCCAAGCCAUGCCUUUCCUGCCAGCACUGCCCCUGAGCAGGGCCGGGGAAAUCCCUCCCUUGGGGUUGCCGGCGCAGGAUCCGCAGGUCUACGCCUAUGCCCGGGGAGAUGGGACAUCUCCAUACCCAGGCCUCUACGCAACUGUCUUGCCUCAUGAAAAACAGGAAGCCCACGAGCUCCGGAAGCCACAGGAUGUUUUAAUCGCCCUCCAAAGCGGGGCUUUCUCCUUUCCAGGCUUGGACAAUGGGCCAAAGCAGUAUUUGUCCCCUGCCGGGGGCACCUCAUAUACCUCUGAAGUUCAGCAACAGAAACCUACCUCCCUGCUUGCCCACCCACUGGAGGCCAUCAAUCUCAGCAUGCCAAAGUUCUGCCCGCCGUCCGGCCGCUUGGGUACCACGCCCGUGCCCUACCCUCUGAAGAAACAGAACGGCAAGAUCAAAUACGAGUGCAACAUCUGCGCCAAGAGCUUCGGGCAGCUCUCCAACCUCAAGGUCCAUCUGAGAGUGCACAGCGGCGAGAGACCCUUCCAGUGCCACAUUUGCAAGAAGUGUUUCACGCAGCUGGCUCACCUGCAGAAGCACCACCUGGUGCAUACGGGCGAGAAACCUCACAAAUGCCUGGUCUGCCACAAGCGCUUCAGCAGCACCAGCAACCUCAAGACCCACCUGCGGCUGCACUCGGGCGAGCGGCCUUACCGGUGCCGCCAGUGCCAGGGCCGCUUCACCCAGCACGUCCACCUCAAGCUGCACGAGCGGCUGCACGAGCGCGAGCGCCCGCACCGCUGCCCCAGCUGCCCCAAGGCCUACAUCCACCCCUUCAGCCUGGCGCUGCACCGCCGCGGCUGCUGCCCGCUGGCCCCCGGCGCUGCCGGCCCCCCCGCCCAGCUCGGCCGCUUCAACGCCCUGAUCGACCGCUUCGACUUCAGCCUGGAUGCCGAGCGCCUGCAGGGGGAAGGGGCUCCCGGGCCCCUGGAGGAUCUCAUCCGCAGGGAGAUGGAGACCGGCAGGCGUGGGCAGCCCCCCAGGGACAAGGGCCCCUGUUCGCCGGGCCUCCGCAAACAGCUGCCGCUCCUGCCCCUGCCCCACUACAGUGUCUCUGUCAAGCAGGAAGACUUCCCGUUGCAGCCGGCCUGAGCCGCUCGCUCGGCUGGGACUGGACCGGACCCCAUGCCCACUGCGGGACCUUGGCUAGCUGUGGUCAGGGAUAGCUCAGUGGUUUGAGCGCUGGCCUGCUAAACCCAGGGUUGUGAGUUCAAUCCUUGAGGGGGCCAUGUAGGGAUCUGGGCCAAAAAAAAAAAUUGGGGAUUGGUCCUGCUUUGAGCAGAGGGGUUGGACUAGAUGACCUCCUUAGGGCCCUUCCAACUCUGAUAUUCUGAUUCUGUGGUUCCUCUCGGCCAGGGCUAGGCAAAAGACCAAACCCUUAGAGACUCCUAUGGGCUCUGUAUCUUCCCCCUGGGUCCCAUGGACCAGCCCUGGGUGCCAGGGGCUGGGCUGGGGUACAGCAGCCUGGGAUUUUGAUUGGGGCCAUGGAUGUGUCCGCAGGGUGAAGCGGGUGCCAGGGAGCUGUGGGUAUCGCCUCCCGCUCUGCAGACAGGGCUAGGAGGGGGUUUUGUUUCUCGCACUGGCCUCCCCAGUCUCAGCACUGAGUGGGGGGCUGACACCUGGGCUUUACAUGAGCUCCAGCCCUGUAGCAGCGCCCUCAGCCUAGGGGCCUGCAGGGAUCCAGGGAAAGCCCUUCCCUGGGGUCUCUCUCCAGGCCGCGGGUAAGGUGCAGGUCAAGACCCCCACCUGUCCCGGAACUCCGGGAGCUGCCCGGUCUGGGUUAUCUCUGUGAAUGGCCCAAACCUCCCCUUUAAAAGUGAUGCCACCCUGCUCACCAGGAGGCUAGGCCAGGGUGGCAGGAACCUCGGGCUGGCCAAGAACCAGCUGCGGUCAGCUCCGCCAUCCCACUGGGACCUGAUUUCCUUCAGCACCACAGCGACUUCCGGGCCCCAGGCCCUGUAGAGAGAUACCAAAAACUGGGAUCCGCCAAGCCCGUCCCAGCUCCUGCAGCCUCCUCUCCUGACCUCCAGUGUCACAGCACGGGAAUCUGUGAUGAACCCUCGAAGUGCCGCGUCUGGUCCUGCCCACAGCCCCUGAGGGCACCAUCCAAGCCACACGAAGGUACAAAACCAAGGGACUCCUUUCUCUGGUCUAUGGAAUGAGCUUUAACCUCUCGGGGGGGGAGGGGGGGCCUGGUAUAGAAGCAAGACUUGUCCCUGUCUAUACAAAGCUUUAAUCUCUCCAGUGCCCCUCGUGUGGGGUCAGGGAGCUGCACUCAGUACAAGCCAGGGGCCCCAGCCUGGCCUAUGGAAAGAGCUUUAACUUCUCCUGUUGCCCCCCCGGCCCCGCGAUCUCGGGCUGUGCCACCCUCCCUGGUCUGUGACCUUCUCAGGUAUCUCCGAUGGGGCCGCCGCCCUCACAUUUGACUUGCCCUUCCUUUUUUAUUUAUUUCUCGGCUGGCUGCAGCCCUGGCCAGGGCCUUUGUGUAUUCCUUGGGCACUUUGCUGGCGUAGAGCGCUGAAAUGGAGGGAGUGAGAAAGUGGGGCCAGCGGGGGCUGAUCCUGGGGGCAGGAAGACGGCCCCUGGGGCGGGGGGACAUUUAGGCCAUGCCCAACCUUCUACCCCCGUUAGCUGCUCGAUCUCUGUCUAGGGCAGUGCCCCUGGGACAUCUUCCCAGCCCUAGGGAAACCCGUAGUGGUAGGAUGGCCCCGCCAGCCCAGAACACCCCAUGGAACACCCCACUGCUUUCCUGCUCCCCACUCACCGGUCUGUCCCCUCACCCCAUAGCUCCUUCACAUCCUUUCCCCAGCACCCUCGAUGGCCAGUAGCCUGCCUGUCUGCUUCACGUUAGACCCCCCCACUCUUCACUCCUGUAUCCCCUUUGCGUUCUGCCCUCUGCCUCUGCACCUCCUUGCACCCUUUGUCCUCUAUAUCCCUCCUAGCUGCAGGCCCAGCCCUCCACUCCCUGGCUUCUCAUACCCACUGAGCUCCCUCCAUACCCUGCAAGCCAGGGCAAGUCACGUAACACUCUGGAGCCGGCAGACAGACCCCCACCGACCCCUGCCGACCCUCACCUCAGGUGCCACAGCGGAAACGUCUGCUGAUCGGAAAAGCCUGGUAACAUGGAAGGGGCAGGGCUGGGUGUUGUGAUUCCAAUGUGUCUAGUCAAUAAAACUUUCUGCCUUUGUACUUUGACAAA